UAUUUGAACAAGAAAGAUGAAAGUAUCAGUUAGAGUAAGAGGGGAAUGGUUUGCAGUUCCCUGUGGAAAUGGUUCCGAGAAUAUUGGUUGGCUUGCCGAAGUUGCUGUGAAAAAGUAUUAUAAGCUUAAACCACAUUCUUUUAUCGAUAAAGUGGAAAAAGUUGAAGAAAUUCGAAAAACUAAAGGAGGUGUUUUACUUGAUAAUGAUGAUCUUAUUCGAUCUGUUCUUGAUGAUAAUGAUUUUGUUUCAGUUGUUUUGCAAAGCGAUUGGUCCGAUCCAAAAUUGGCUACUCCCGAAAUUACUUAUGUACCUGAGCAAGUGAGAAAAGGCUACGAAGAACCUUCAGAGUUCAUUGUUCUUGAUGGAAAUAGUCUGUCAUGCGAAGAUUUAGUCCUUCUGGGUAAGGGGAAAAUCAAGAUUAAGCUUUCUAACGAUUCUAUUGGUAGAGUAAAAAAAGCCAGACAAAUGCUGGAGGAGAUCGUUCAAGAAAAUAAAGUUGUUUAUGGCAUUACUACUGGGUUUGGAAAAUUCGCUCGGGUCGUUAUUCCAAAGGACGAUUUAAUAGAAUUACAAGAAAACCUCAUCAGAUCUCAUUCAGCUGGUGUUGGAGCUCCGUUAUCACCCGAAAGAACCAGAACUCUUUUGGCUCUAAGAAUUAAUGUAUUAGCCAAAGGCUUCUCUGGUAUUUCGCUUAAGACUUUGAACCAAUACAUUGAUGCAUUUAACUGCAGCUGCCUUCCAUGGGUACCUGAAAAAGGUACUGUUGGGGCUAGUGGGGAUCUUGCACCCUUAGCACAUUUAGCAUUAGGAAUGAUGGGAGAAGGCAAAAUGUGGAGUCCAGAAUGCGGUUGGGGCGAGGCUAAAUACGUUUUGGAGAGCCAUGGAUUAUCCCCCAUUAAGCUAGGUCCCAAGGAAGGAUUAUCACUUAUCAACGGUACUCAGUUCAUAACAGCACUUGGUGUUGAGGCUGUAGAAAGAGCCGACGCAAUCGCCAGACAGGCUGACGUUGUAGCAGCUUUGACUUUGGAAGUUUUGAAGGGCACUUGCAAAGCUUUCAAUUCAGAUAUUCACAAUGCUCGACCUCAUGAAGGGCAAAUACUGGUUGCCGAAAGAUUUAGAUCUCUUUUGCAUUCUGAUACUUUUCCAUCAGAGAUUGCUGAGAGUCAUAGGUUUUGUGAUAGAGUUCAAGAUGCUUACACUAUAAGAUGCUGUCCUCAAGUCCAUGGGGUAGUAAACGAUACUAUCAAAUUUGUCAGAAGACUUUUGACCGUCGAAAUGAAUAGCGCAACCGAUAAUCCUAUGGUAGUUGCCGACAAAGGAGAAAUUAUAUCGGCUGGUAAUUUCCAUGGGGAAUACCCAGCAAAGGCCUUGGAUUAUUUGGCUAUCGGUGUUCAUGAAUUGGCUAACAUAAGCGAAAGGAGAAUAGAAAGACUAAUUAAUCCUGCUUCGAGUGAAUUACCAGCAUUUUUAACCUCAAAGGGUGGUCUUAAUUCUGGAUUUAUGAUAGCUCAUUGUACUGCAGCAGCGUUAGUUUCCGAAAACAAAGGGCUCUGCCAUCCUUCAUCUGUCGAUACUCUUUCAACAAGUGCAGGUACAGAGGAUCACGUCAGUAUGGGUGGAUGGUCUGCUAGGAAAGCAUUAAAAAUUGUUGAACACGUCGAAUUUGUUGUUGCAAUUGAAUUAUUAGCAGCCUGUCAGGCAAUUGAAUUUUUAAGACCAUUAAAAACAACCAAACCUCUUGAAGCUGUUUAUGAUUUGGUCAGAGGAGUUGUAAAGCCUUGGACAAAAGAUAGGUUUAUGGCCCCAGACAUAGAAGCCGCUAGAAAACUCCUUCAAGAAGAAAGGCUUUGGAGAGUUGUCAAACCGUUCAUGGAAAUUUACAGAGAGCAGCAGCCAUUUGAAACAUACGUUCUCUCUCCAACUACAUCCCUUCAUAGUAGUGCUCCUGGUAUUAAACGCAGAAAACGUAAUAAACGCGCCUCUGAAGCAUCCGUUUAAAAGAAUGAAAAAAGAAAAUUCUUCAAAUUAGAAGUGUGAAAAACCGAUCAAAAUAUCAAAGCUAGAACUAAUCUUUUCUCUGAUUGUAGAUUAAUUAAUCUUGAAAAUGAUUAAGAUUCAUUAUUCAUUAAUUACUUAAUAAACUAACGAGGCAAGAAACGAAUAAGUAAAAG